AUGUCGGCUAUUCUUGCACGGGGACUCACGCGAAUAUACCGCCGUUCAGCCGAAGAAAUCGCAGCGUUAUUCGGUGUAGAUCUGAUCGUAGAACCCGGCGAAUUUGUGGCGAUCACCGGCGCAUCGGGCGCGGGAAAGACAACGCUUUUGAACCUUAUGGGUUGUCUGGACCAGCCCACAUCGGGCCUUUUGAAAUUGCUGGAUCGAGAUGUGGGCAUCUUGCGCGGCAAAGACCUGGAAACCAUGCGUCGGCAACAUGUGGGAUUCGUAUUUCAAGACUAUUGUCUGCUACCCACAUUGACCGUCGAAGAAAAUGUGGCCCUCCCCCUCCUCUUUUCCCGCGCACUGCAUCAACGCGACCGGGUAAGGGAUUUGCUGACGCGCGUAGAUUUGCAACACCGCUCAGAUCACCUGCCCCGCGAACUAUCGGGUGGCGAACAGCAACGGGUGGCAAUUGCACGCGCACUCGUAAACAACCCCGAGAUCUUGCUCGCAGAUGAACCAACUGGCAACCUGGAUUCAAAACGGGGUAACGAGAUUGUGGCAUUGUUGCGGGAUAUGAACCAGACCGAGGGAUUGACAGUGGUGCUAUCCACGCACAACCGGGAUCUGGCAGACCGAGCAGAUCGACAGGUGAAACUCAUAGAUGGACGGGUGGUCUGA